CCCGCGUAUUCUUGAUUCUUGAAAUAAAGUUGGCGGAUUUAUUGUUUCAGUGAACUUAGUUAUCUUUACUUAAAUCUAAUUACAAGUUUACAAAGAAUCGUAAACAAUGCAGGCUUAAAUGAAAUAUGAAAGUGAAAAUUUAAGUUAUAUAAAGAAUGUCUAACGUUUGUUGAGGAUUACAAUUACUUGGUAAAGCUCAUCAUGGAUUUAAACGCGGAUAGCUCCGAUGACGAAUCCUUUUCCAUCUCUCGCUCCAAUUUGAAUGCCGACAGUUCUGACGAUGAAUCUGCUCCUGUUCCCUUAUCUCGGAGCAAAUCUACCUCAGCUAGUCCUGAACCUGAACCAACCAAGAAGAAAACAGGACGAGUUAUAGAUAGCUCCGAUGAGGAUGAUGACAACAAUGAUAGAAAUGAUGACAAAGUUAGGAAACCUGAAAAUUUCUCCGAUGAUUCAGACGAGGAGAAAGAAAACUCCAACAACACUAGUGUUAGGAAGAAGAAGAUUGCAAAAACCUUCCUUGGCUCCGACAGUGAGGAUGAGAAUGUUGUUAAAGAAACUCAGAACAAAUCGAACUCCAACCUACUCAAGGACCGGAGUCUCUACGACGCUGAUUCCAGCGAUGAAGAGGCUUCGAAACCUAAGAACAAUUCCAGCGACGACGAAGAUGCUCCGACUCAUCGAGGAUCGGACUCCGAGAACUCCGGGAAUUCAGACAACGAAGGUUUAAAUGUAAAACAUAUUAAGUCUAAAAAAGAGAAACAUGAUCGGAAGUCUAAAUCCAGUGCAAUGAGUGAAAUAAGAUCCGAGUCCCAACGAUUGCUCCGGGAGAGCACGGUCGGACUACCAUACCAUCGCCCUAAGCAGAGAACCCUGGAGGAGUUUCUGAACCGUAAGAAAGGAACUCCGGAGAUUGUUCAAUCCAUUAAACUUCAACAUUUUACAGAGAAGGAUGAGAAACUUCUCCAGGAACGACAGAAACAACUUGAAGAGUUUUAUAAGAGUGAUGAGGAAGAACAUGAAGAAGAUGAAGAUGACGCGGAUUUUAAACUCGAAGAUGAGCCAUUGAAUGUGGAUGAGCCAAGGAAUGAGGACGAGCAAAUGUAUGAGGAUGAGACAAAUAUUGCGGACGCGCCGCUGAAAAAGGUUGAACUAGUUCCGGCUGAAGAUUUGGUGCCUACCGAAAGAAUGGUUUCUUCGGAAAGUUCGGCUCUAGUCGAAAAUAUUUCGUCCGAAAGUCUUGAGAAACCUAUGGAUGCUAUUAUCACUCCACGAGUAACUUCAGAUGCUAACCUAGUCAGUGAUAACCUUUCCGAAAACCUUGACCGAGAAAAUAUGCACGAUGAAAGUUCUAAGAUCCUUUCAAAUUCGGAAUCUCUAUCUGACCUUGCAACUGAAACUGAACCUGAAGUAGAGAAACUACCGGAGAGUUUAGAUCUAGUAUUAGAUGAUACAUCGGAGAUCUGUUCUUCACAACUCAAUGUGAGUAAACCAUUGGAUCGCAGAUUACAAAAGCUUGAAGCUCUCAAGAAGCAGAUUGAUCCUAGUUUACUAGAGAAGACGCUCAACCUAACUCCUAAACUUGGAGGAAACGAUGACGAUGAAAUGUUCUCCCCUAAACACGAUUUGUCUAUCGGAGCAACUAAAUUGUUAAACAGGUUUGUGACGCAUGCUAAUGCCUCAGGCCCGCCGAUUCAUCUUAGAGACUGUAUGAAUAGAGAGGAGUUAAACAUAGUCACGAAGAAAACUAAUGCUGAUGGUACUGAAGUACUAGAGACAGAAAACUUGAAGUAUAACAGAAAAACUGGACCUGCUCAAAAACCUAUACACAUGUCAUUCUUCACACUAAAAGAAAAACUUAAACAGGAAAUGUUAGCGAAGAGACGCGAGGAGCGUCGAAAGAAAGAGGAGUUUACGAAACUAAAUAACGAGGAAAUUGCCGAUUUGCCGGACGAGGAAGAAGUGGAAGACGAUUUCAAUUUUGAGGAUGAGGAGGAGAAGCGUGAGUAUGACGAGGACGAAUCUGAAGGAGAAUCUGAACCCGAGGAGAAUGAUGUAAACAUCAAAGAGAAGAAGACUAAGCGAGGAUUAUUUUGUGACGACGAAGCUGAAGAAUCUGGGGACGAGGACAGAGAUGACGAGAAUGAUGAAAAUGAGGAUGAUGAUGAAGAAGACCAGGAGAGUGAUACUGAAUCUCUAAACCUUGUACAGGAGGAGGAGGAUGAAGAUGAGGAAGAGACCAAACCUAAAGUAUCCAAGAAAAAGAAAGGAUUCAAAAAGAUUAAAAACGCCGAGUUUUUGUCUGACGAAUCUAAUUCUAAUCAGAUAACCCCAGGCACUGUAAACCUGUCCGAGCUUGAGACUCCAAACAAUGACACAUGCUCCGUUAAAUCUAUGGCUAGCUCUGCAUCCAGUUUUGCCUUUAACUCUGCUCCACGGUGGACUCCUUACAAGGAUCGGAUAAACUCCGAGGGUGUAGAGUUCUCAGAGGCGGAGAAAAACCUUCCAACGAGUGCAAGCCCUACCUCGUCCCAGAUGGCUAAAAAGAAACUAGGGUUCGAAGGGUUGUUUGAUGCUACAGAUCCAGAAGUAGAAGAUAUUGAUGAUAUUGUUGGAUUAUGUUCGGGAAAGUUCGCUACACAAGCAGUAGCUCCCAUCUCACAGUUAACUCAGGAUACACCGGUUCACAGGGUAGACCCGGAGUCUCAGGAUACAAGGAACCCAUCCCAUGGUUUAGAGAGUCAGGAUACUGUAAUCCUCACAGGAAAGAUGUUAUCGGUCGGAACUAGUAGAUUAGAUCAACUUCUAGGCUUGGACAGUCAGGAUGUCGAGGAUAGGUCUCAGACUGGACCUGAUAUCUGUCCUAGUGAUGAUGAAGAGCUUGCUCCAGGUUUUAUGGAGGAUGAUCUCGGAGCAGGACGGAUCCUAGACAGUGAUGAGGAGACAGAUUUGGUUAGAUCUAAGAAGAGAAAAAGACGUGUUAUUAGUGAUGAUGAAAGUGAGAAUGAGGAUGAGGAGGAAGAAAAGGGUGAAGAUGAAGAGGAAAUGGAAAUGGAGAAACCUGUCAAAUCUAAAGGAAUGUUUGAUAAGAAAGGUCGGUUGAGGAAGGAUUUCUUUGAGAAUGAGGCUGAAUUGUCGGGUAGUGAGGAUGAACUCUCCGAGGACGAGGAUGAGAAGGGGUUGGACAGGUUAGAAUUGGAGGAAGGAGAUUUUGAUGAAAUUGAUGAAGAAUUGGAAAGAGAUAAGGUUGGACGAAUUCAUCAGAAGGUUCUCCUGGAUGCAGAUCAAGCAGAGAUAAAACUGUUCCAAGAAAGGUUUUUGGAGGACGGAGAUCUUCACACAGAUUACAAGAGGCAGAGGCAAUUUAAAUGGAAGGGUUUAGAUGAAGGUCUUGAACUAGAGAGACGAGACAGUGAUGGAGAGGAGGAGGAUGAGGAGGUUGGUACUGCCGAGGAACAGUGGAGAUUACAGAGAUUGGAACGGGAGAAAUGGAUGAAAGAAAACGGUACUAAUCAGCGGCCGGGAAAUCUAGGAGAAGAAUCCCAAUUUUUCAAGUUGGCUCAAAGAGCAAUGAAGAAGAUAUCUAGUGGGGAGCGGACUCCUGAAAGUAUAGAAAUUAAAACGAUGACUCGAAGUUCAAGUCUCGAGGUUCGAAACGGACCUCUUCAACCUCUUCAAGCACUGAAUCGAGAUCCAAGAAGUUCUUUCCUGGCUCGUGGGCAAACUUCAAUAGAACAGAUGGCAGUGUUUAACAAGAAAACUGAUGACAGGACGGGAACAGGAGCUAAGAAAAGUGCGCGGAACUUUGUGUUUGCUGCCAUCAGUCCGGAGAAAGAGUCUGCUCCGGAGCAGAUAGAACCCAACCCUGUUAAAUCCAAGAAACCUCCUCCAGCUAAAAAACAGAAACUGGAAAGAUCCUUGGUGGCGGAUAAUAGACCUUCCAUUUUCAACCUUCUCUGAUUUCUCUGAUUAUUUCAACGAUUUUGUAGAAAUGAGUGAAAAAAGACUGUACAAAAAAUUAGAUUUGAAUUUAUUAUGUCGACCCUGAAAAAUGUUUAUUAUCGUGAAUACAUUAAUUAGUAUAAAUUAUUGAAUAUAUGUAAACAUAAUAUAAGUUGUGAACAAGUUAUGAAAGUGAAAUGCAUUUUGUGAUUAAUUGAUUGCUAUGAAGACGACAGUUAUGAAGGUUUCGUAAGCUUGCACAAUAUUUGCGCAUACAAAUGAGAACAUCUUUCCUAAAUUUUGAUGGAUCCGAGAUCGCUGGAAAAAAGUUUAACUCUGCCACUUAUAGUCCUGAUUUAUUUAUGAUUUUCAUUUAUUUAUCUGAAUAUUUCCUGUAUCUCGACUGUGGAAUUUCAUAACGUCGACCUAUGCAUGUAAUUACUUUAGCAAAAAUAAAAUCCUCUUUUGCCAACUCCGCAAUCUUUCAG